UCACUUUCCCAAUCUACUAUGAUUUUCAUCCCAUCUCACCUUAUUCAUCUUACCUUCGUUACGAGUUGAUCUCAACCUUCACUCACAAGUUCUGCGAACUUCUUCCCUUCUCUUAUACAUAUAAUAUAUCUACACAUUCUUUACUUUACCUACUCAACACAUAACACUCACUCCACCCAACCAAUAACCAAAAUGCAGACCAAAUCCCUCAUCUUCGCCCUCCUCGCGGCCACCUCCGCCUCAGCAGCAGCCAUCACGGGGCGCCAAAACAACAACAAUAACAAUAACGGCGCCGCAGCCGCCGACGCGAACGGAGCAGCAGACUUCGGCCAAUGCACGCCAACGAUGUCCUUCGAGCUCGGGCGUCCCGGCCGCAAAGCCGACGAGGGCACCUUCCUGCCGACCGACCCCUUAGUCGCCGAGGGGCAACAGGAUGCUCUGAACCCCAGGUAUGUCGCAUCCACAUCUAACGUCUUGUCCGUCUUCAAGCGCUCGGUAGGUCUAACCAGUCCCGCCUUAACUAGCAUCAUCAUGAACCGCAUCUGCGACCAGCUGACCAACGUAUGCGACGCCAACGACGCCGCCGUCUCCGCGUGCGAGGCCGCGCAGGCCAGCACCGAGGCCCUCGGGACCAAGGACGCCACGACCGCCGAUGCGUUCAACGCCGCUUUGGGUUUCUAAGGCCACAAUCUCUAAGUCUCUUGGAAGGGGAAUGCUACCCCUUAAAUCUUAAGGCGUCGUCAUUAUAAAGGCGACUGUGUUCAAAGUGGAUUAAGGACUUACGACAUCACGUAGAAAUGGAAAACGUUAUAUGAAAUGGACUUACUCAAUGGCUACUUACCCGUCCGUUGAAUUUCUUUGGCCCCUUAAAUGUACUGAAUUCUCACUUUGAUUUGGCGCUCCGUAGAUAGAUACAAUGCAAUCUUCAAUGCC